UAUUGGUAUCAUGCUUUUACUUUGCUUUGUGAUAGGGCUGCACAUUAUAAGCUUCUAGAGGGCAGAGAAAAUGGCUUGGUGCUUCCUUACACUCAGCAGGCACCAUGCAAAAUUUGAUACUUGCAUGCCUUUUGGAUGUUCUGGAUAAUAUUAGCACACUGGGGUGUUUGUGUGUAUCCAAGGACGGGAGUUGUCAGCCUCUCUGCGGCGGGGAAUGUUCCUUCCUUUCUGCUGUAAGCUCCCAUGGCGCCUAGGACAGGGCUCGAUUACUGCAGAAGCCCCCCCCUCCCCCGCCCCCACGCUUAUGUUUAUUCCAAAAGAAGCCGACUGUAAACACGGCAAGAGCUUGGGGCAGACCUUGGGAGGCAAAGAGCAGAGUGGAAGAGGAUUUGAAGUGAGGUCAGAAAUGGCCUGGAUGAGAACGCUGGAGUUCCCGGGGCCUGCAGAGCAGAAUGGAGCGUGCGGCCCGCGGACCAGGGCCGGGAGCGGGAGGGAGACGGCGAGACGUCCCGCCCGCCAGCGCCCCGGGAGCUGUCCAGACGCCCCGCCCGCGCCUACCUGGGCUCUCCCCGCGCCGCGCGGCCUCUCCUCCUGCCACCCCAGCCGCGGGAGCCCGGCUCAGGCCUGCCCGUCGCCUCCGAGGAGACCCGCGCCGGCGGCCCCAGCCUGCCAGACAGACGGCGCGGGGCGCAGGGCCCGGCGGCUUGCUCCCGGCCGGCUCGGGGGCUGGGCCGCUCCCUCAGGGCCGGGCGCCUGCAGGGGGCGCGGGGACGGCCCCGCCCCGCCGCGCCGCCUUCCCGCUCCCUCCCGGCUCCCUGGAUCCGCGCCGGGAGGAAAUGAUGUGUUGCUGCCUGGUUAAUCACAGCUCCAGACACUCAUUGGCCGAGCGCGCCGCAGCCACUUCCUCCUCCCGCUCCUCCCGCUCCGGCUUCUGCUCUGUGCGGCCGCCGCCGUCGCCGCCGCAGCCUCCCCAUCGGCGCCGGGGGAACUUUUCCCCGCGCGGCGCCGCGUCCCCUGCGUCCCGGCCGCCCCCGCCGCCAACCCCGCGCCUCGGGAAGUUUGGCCCGCCCGACUCCUCCCUCCCUCCUCCGGCUCCUCACCCCGCCUCUCGCCCUCCGCCCUCCCCGGUGGCCGCCGCCGCCGCUGCCGCUGUCAGCCCGUCGCUCCUCCAGCCGCGCCGGCCCAGGCUGCGGGCGUCCCGGCCCCGCGCCCUGCAGAGUUUCGGGCUCCUCGCCGGCCGCGCCGUCCCGCAGCACCCGGCCGCCUCGCGCACUCCGCCUCCCGCAGCUCAGCCCGGGCGCCCGGGACCAGAGCCCUGAGCAUCGCACAGCCAUAGUGAGACUGCUGGAGAACCCAUCAUUUCAGAAGACUCCAGAAGCACGUCUCCCACUGACCAAGUCUCCGGUGAGCAGAGUGCGUGAGGCUCUGAACCAGGAGGGCAUGCUGCUUGAAGGACGUGAGCAGAUGUGACUGGAAGUCGGCAUUAAG